AUGUCAUUUGCUUCUAUCUAUAAAGUAUUAUUCAAGAGAAAUUCCAUUUUUGUAGGAACUGUAUUCGUUGGUGCCUUCCUUUUCCAAACUGAAUUUGAUUCUGCCAUAACCAAAUGGUAUGAAAACCGUAACAAAGGUAAAUUAUGGAAGGAUGUCAAAGCUCGUAUUGGCUCCAAUGGUGCCGAAGAUGAUGACGAAUAA